GAGAAAGUUUUCCCCAUACUCGAGCUUCUUCCUGAUUGGUUCAACAUUUAGCAAGCCGGCACCUGCGAGAUUACAAUAUUCUCAGUUUUAGUUUUGAGUUGAGAAGUAAAAGAAGCUUAUUUUUGACAUCUCAUCCACACGACUUGCACGUGGUUUCGAUUGACAGCACAGGGUUGCGUUUUUGACUACAUGCUGAUUGCGUUUUCUUGUUAGAUAUAUAUAGGAUCUCAAUCAUGCUAACUUUGAUUUCUGGAAUUUUUUAUUUGAUUAUUUUAAUCUGUCUUGCUUCGUCGGAUAAUCCACCUAUGUUGCAAACAAACGAAACUUCUCGUGAGAUGGUUGUAAGCCCUCAUGAAACUGUUAAUAUGGAUUGUCCUGUUCGACGGAAUCGAAAAAAUAUGUUCGAGUGGUAUAAAGAAAAAUCUCAAAUGAUAGAAUUCCCUGACGAAAGAUUCAAAAUAUUAAGCAACGGAGUACUCAAAAUUAAAGAUGUUACUUACAGUGAUACUGGCGUAUACCGUUGUAGAGCUAUAAAUGGAUACGGCAGCGUGGAAUUUAACACAACACUACUUGUGAUUGGUUCUGAAGGGUAUGAAAAAGACUAUCACGAUUAUGACUACGGUUACAGCCAAGAGAUAUUACCAGAGGGUGAUUCAAAGAUUAGUUUAACCUAUAAACCACGAAUUUUACGUGUCUCUGAUAAAGUUUCGCCUAUUAUUAAGAAAGUUGGAGAAACAUUCAAGUUACAGUGUGUUGCAACAGGAUUGCCAGCACCUGAAAUGAUAUGGUACAAAGAUGGAAUAAAAAUUAACAGUGCCAAAACAGGAAAAUGGGCAUUACCUUUUACGGAAGCAAUUCUUACAGACAGUGGCAAUUACACAUGUGUAGCAAAAAAUAUUCUUGGAAAGGACAGUCACUCCUUUUUUCUUAUUAUAGACCCCUUUGGAAGUGCAUUACAACUAAAACCAAUACUUUCUGGAGGUAACAUAACCAUUGUUGAAGAAGGAGAAAAAGCUGUUAUGGAGUGUUCCGUUGAAAGCUUUCCACUUUUACAUAUUGAGUGGUUAAAGCAAGUUGACAAAGAAAACCCUGAUGAAGAAACUGAGGAAUCUCCUAUUAUGAUGCAAGGAGAAUUCUUCAAUGUUGUUGACAAUGAACACCAAGUGGAAACAAUUAGAGACGGUAAUAUGCACUAUCAUAGGCUCCUCAUUGAGAAUGCUCAAUUGCGUGAUGCUGGUAAAUAUGUUUGUUUAGGGGCUAAUACACGAGGAUAUGAAUACCGGUUUGCUUUCCUGGAAGUAAAGCGAAAAGGAGUCAGAUUCGAGACUUCAUUCGACUUUACGAUAAUUGUGACUGUUUUAACCAUCUCUGUUGUCGUAUUAGUUGGAAUAUUUUCCUGCUUAAUGUAUUGCAAUCCUCGAAAGAGACCUGCUCAAGGCAUGAAAGAUGCUAUAUCUAAAGAUGAAGCUAUUCCUAUGCAACCUCAGCCUUCUUUACCAUUAGGCAACCACCAAACAUCUUUAAUGCCAUCAGGAGUGUUUGGUAAUUUCGUGGAGGAUAAUUCUUCUAUGAUAUUUAUAGAAUAUGGUCCUCCUAACACACCUGUUGAAUAUAAUCGUCAUAAUGGAACUCGUAAGCACGGCAAGAAGAAGAAAAACUCCCACGAACUUAAUCCUUACAGAUUAUGCCCGAACAAUUUAUCAGUAGUAUAAAUGCUCACCAAAAUCCUAUUUUGUCAUUAAAUGUAAGAGAAUUUACAUUCUACUUACUUUUUUUAGAUCUUAUGAUAACGUGUUUUUUAUCCUAAAUGUUCCUAAUAGUACUAUGUGAUAUACUUAGGUGAGCCAAUUGUACAUAGUUGUAUAGAUCAUUUGGUACUUCAUGAAAAAUUACCACCUAUUUACUCUUAAUUGUCUCGUUUGGUAUUUGUUAUCAGCUAAAUGCUGUUUUCCUGUAGAGUUUAUAUGAAAAAAUUUCUAACAUUUUUAUACGAUGAACCAUUUUAUAAGCAACUUACUUAACCUUUUAUUGCCAAACUAAUAGUACUCAUGCCAUUGAUGAUUCAGCAAUGAUUUUAAAGACAUUUUCCAUGAGCACGAUUAUUUUUUUAUAACUUCAUAUGAAGUGUUUUACUUUUUGCAAAAUUCUAAGAUUUUAUAGAAUUAUUAAAUUAAUAAUAAAUGCAUUUCAAUGAUAAAUAUCUAACAGCUACUUUUUGUUCUAAAGCAUUAAUAAUGAUUUUUUAAAAAAAUAUCAAAAUGCAGUUCGUCAAAUCAUUAAUUUGAAAUCAGCGUCAGAAUUGGAAAUAGGCCAUCCACAAAAACAAAAAGAAAAAAAAUGGACUUAUAAGACACUUAAAGUAAAGAACUUUUCAAAAACUUUCAGGAAAGAACUUUCAACUUCUUUCCUCCUUAAACCAUUACGAGAAUCAUAUUCUUACUUAUAAAUCCAUAAAUAAAAGGUAUGUUUCCGUGAUCAAAACGACAUAAUGUAUCAUGGUUAUAAGAUGAUAACCGACAUCAAGCCUUUAGAUCAGCGUUUUCCAAUUUUUUUCCGAAAUGGAACUCUAAAUGAUCGAUCAUUUUUUGGUAGAAACCCGACUUUAUAAAUAAAGCUCAGUAGCAUUUGUGAACAUUUUAAUCAAGGAAAAACAAAGAAUUAUUUUGAAAAUAUUUAAUGUAAAAAAUUAAUUUUUUAGCGUCGUUCUAUCAAUGGCAGUCUCUAUAUUAAUUAAUUAGGUUUUAAUGUCAGGCAGUUGAUUUCACAGGGCUGGAGAGGCAUCUAGUCUAGUUCUGAAAUUGUUCUUAACGUAUGCAUAAGCUGAAAGCAGCAUAUCAUACUUUAACUGUAACAUUUAAACUGUUACAAAAAUUGAGAAUGGCUAUAAAGGAAAACAUUUUUCGAUAUUGUUUAAUUUAGUUAUUUAGUUUUGAAUUGGAAAACUUGGAUAGGAAUACAAUUUUUUAUAAAUGUGCUUGCUUUUCAUAACUUAUUCAUUGCGCACAUGUCCUAAAAUAGAUUGCAGUAGAUCCCCGAAGUCAAGUAUUAUUGGCUGCGGUUAGUGAGCGAGUGGGUAACCACUUUGAUCAGCCUGGUCGAAGGGGUCACCCACUCACUUUGAUCAGCUCCUCGUUUAACCGUUCUACCGUAAUGUGGUCGAAUUUGUGCGCAGAUCAUCAGGGUACUAAGAGGGAGGGGGAGCCAUUCCCUCCGCAGAGUAUAAAAAUUGUGAUGGCGUGUCUUUGGAUCAUCCUCAGGGAUGACAUCAAUUGUCCAUUAUGCAUUCGAUUCAGUGCGACGUAAAUAAAGUACAACUACUUUUAGAUAUAAAAAUGUAUUUACAAGUUUAAAAAUUCGUAUCUGUAAAAAAAUCCUAACUCUUCAAACCCCGUGGAACAUCUUUUGGGUACCUUUACUUUAGAUCACAAGACAUUACAAACUGAUAGUAACGUAUAUAAUAUGAUUUAAAGUUGAUAUUACUAAACAUUGUAUAUGCUAUUGAUGUGAACUUUGUAUUAUGUGAUGUUACUUGAUGUACUCGAUUUUGUAAAUUGUUGCAUAUUAUAUUUGUUAUGUUGCGUUUUGAAUUUGUUGUACUAUGUUUUGUAUUUUUGUACUGUAUCUUUGGAUCAUAUUUUGUAUUACUAGUGCAUUUAGAAGUGAUUUUUGAAUUUGGUUUUUUAAUAACUAAAAGUCACUAUUGUAAAUUAAGAUGGAAUAUUUAUAACAUGAAUAUUUACAGUUCAAAUUUUAACUUUAAAAAAAUUAAAUUAGUUUAAUAUGAUGAGUAACAAUAUUUGACACACAAGAGAAAAAUGUCUUGAUAAACUUUUGAUUGCUUGGUGAGAUUCAGAUAAAACUUAGUGGUUAAAUUCAGGGAUUCUCAUUAGGAUUUCAUUUCUUUUUUUUUUAUUUCAAUUUUAUUUUUAUUUAUUUUGAUAUUGUUCAUUUUUUGGUGAAAAUGUCAAAACAUAGCUUUUUUGAACGUAUAUUGGUCGUCAAUGCCCCCUAUUCUCUUAGUCUCAACCUUUAUGACUUAAAUUUUUUCAACAAUAUUUAAGACAAAGCUUACUCAAUCCACCCUUAAAUCAUUGCUAACUUUAAAACUGUUUUUAAUUCAUAUUACGUCUUUUGAAAGAAUCGCUUUAAUUAAAAAUUCUCAGUCAAACAAGUUUCAAACUUUGCAAUGCAUAUAUUUUCAUCUUUGUAGCAAAUGAAUAUCUGUACCAUAGUGAAUUAAAUAUGAACAAAACUGGUUUGAUUAAAUUUUCCACAGGAAUAUAGAUCUAGAAAGUGUUCAUAUAUCAGGGGUUGUUUAUUCAUUAGGCAGUUGGUCCUCUGAUAUGAGCGUUAUAAUAAACAAUUUGCAAAAGUCAUAUGUCUCAGUGGAGUAAGCACCUAAUUAUUUAAGUUUCAUUGGAGAUUCGAUAUGAGCGGGAACACCUUCCCGAGAGUAUGAGUCUUUACCUAGCACAAAGAAUUUUAAAUAUCCUGAGAAUCUUACGUAAAGAUCAGCAGCAAGUACUAGCAAUCCGAAAGAAAACAUCAAAGCCGUCUUGAUUUGAACUAACUGACACAGAUUAUCGACUUUUCAAGGCUUUCAGAAAAAUUUUUGAGUCGACUUAAAGCAAAGGGCCUUGGGAGAAUAUUUUAGUCUGUAAUUAGAAAAUUUCUGAAGUGUUUACCUUCUCUUUUGCCAAAAACCUAACUUUCAACUUACACUAUGGAGAUAUGAAUUUUUUUUUCUUCUCUUUUACUGUGUCUUUCGUAUUUAUAAGCCGGAGGGAAAUGGGAUAAUUUCUGUUCACUUCCUAAGAGCCAGGCUGUUAUCAACACUUCCUAGGUCUAUGCUCCUUUCUCAAAAAUGAAAAACGAUCAGUAUUUGUAAUAUUUCUUCCAAGUAACAAUAAUAAGUAAUGUAUAUCAAAUAAUUAUAGGUAUGCAAAGACUUUUAUCUGUGAUAUUUAUAUGGUUAUAAAUGAGAAUAAGCAUAAAUGUUUGUUUUCAUUGUACUCAAUACCAAUAGCCCGAGAGGCGACGUCACAAAAUGCAAGUCAUUAUACCUUACUGAUUGGCAUAUAUGUUGUAGGCUAUUUGAUAACUGUCGAAGUCUUUUGUUAGGCUGGUGGCAGUCAGUGUAGUGCAUUGUAAAGAGACGUAAGCAUUUUGGAGAACCGGAUAUUCUAAUUACCCAAAAACAUACACAAAAUGUUAAAACUACCGACUUUUUGGUGACGCUGCCUCUUGGACUAAACAUAUUUAUGAGUGUAUCUACAUAUCUGCCUUGCAUAUCUCAUCUUUGUAUGUUUCUGUAUUUCAAAAAAAAUAAAAAAAAUC